AUGCCUUCGUCACCUCUCAACCAGUUCCGUCCUCCUCGGCCAAGACACCUGCCGGGUAACGCCUCGAGUAAUUCUCGCACCCUGCAGUCUGGAGCCAUUCAUCUACCACCGUCCGAGUCCUCGCCUCAAGGCCCACUGAUCCAAAGACGAGUCCAAGGCAAGGGACAAACAAUGACCAACCCGUCCUCAUCUCCACAGCCUUCCCCGUCGGCAAGCCAGCCCACCACCAUAACUCGUCUCAGCCGUUCCCUAACAAAAGACGAACACACCAUCCUCCUCCGCCACCGUCUCUCUGUCGCCACAAUCCAAGCCCUACUCACCAUCCCCCCGGGCGCCACCCCGGACCUCAUCCUCCAAAAAGCCAGCCUCGCCACCGAACUCCGCGCGUUCCCCCUCCGACCGGGCGAGAAACCCCUCUUCACAACCCUCAACGCCCACGCCUGGACCCUCUGGCCCCUCGCCGUCUCCCGCCCCUCGCAGACCUGGGAGAAAGCCUUCCUCGUCGCCCAGAGCGAGGCCUCCGCCCGCGACGAAUGGCUCUACCUCCCCCGCAUCGACCGCGUCGCCCGCGCCCCGCUCCUCGCCGACCGCCGUCACCUCCUGUCGACCCUGUGCCGCGCCCUCCGCUGCGCCGCCGACCUCGCCGCCCUGCGUCGCGACGGGUCCGUCCUCCGCCGGUGCCUCGAGCUGGCGCGCUGCCUCGCCGCGUCCGCGUGGGAGGGCCGUCCCGCGUCCGAACUGCGGCAGGUGCCCGGCAUAGGCGCCAAGAAGGCCGAGACGCUCAUCUCAGCUGGUGUGGCGUCCGUGCGGCGACUUGCCGAGUUGGAGUUCUACCAUAUUGAACGGUUGUUGUCGCGGAACCCGCCUUUUGGGCAGGAGACGCUGCUUACCCUGAGGACGUUCCCUGUUAUUAAGGUCCGCGCGCGGUUCGAGCGGUGGGCUACCGUGGAGGACGGAGAAGCCCUGCGGGAGUGGGACGCUGCAGCAGGUGGGGAGGAGGAUCGUCGAGAUGGUGUGGCAUCGAGCCGAUCCGACAAUCGGGACUCGGGGCGGCAGGGCAAAAGGAUGGCCAUCCUGCGGGCUGAGAUCCGGUGCGUCAACGAAGUGGUCCCGACGUGGAAGAAGGACCACGUGCCCUGGGUAUGUCUGGCUGUCGAGCGCGGUCCAUUGCCGCAGGGCCAUCGUGUCGUGGAUAGUCGGCGUGGCGGUGGCAGUGGUAACUCGGGAACCGCUCCACCUCCUGCUGUGGGUGAUGCCAGAAGAAACGCGGUCACGGGGGAGGGUGAGCUCCUGUUCUUCUGGAGGGGGAGCAUCAAACGGCUCAUGGGAGGUGUCGGGAUGGACUUGGCUUUUGCAGCGGCGCUGCAGCCCCGAGAAUCGAUCUUCCUUUGGGCGAGCUGUGAGGAUAUUGUGGGCACUUUGGUCGAGAUGGGCAUUACGGCGCCGGAUGUCUAG